AGGUUUUCAGAAUCUAUCUCGGAAGAGGAACCACCAGAUUUUAGCAAUAGUGUGACCACCACAUGUCCACAUCCGACUUUUAAUUCUAAAACAAUUUGGGUUAGAUUGGGUCGCGAUGUCGCUA